AUGGAUAAACUCCCCCAAGAGGUCAUCGACCGGCUUGCCCGCCAUCUCUUCCCAGUUCUUUUCACAGCGUGGGACAACAUCGCAACUCUCAACGCAAGACAGCAGGAAGCAACAUGGAGGCAACACGACUCAUUGAGCGCGGCAGCUUAUGCCACCAUUUCACUUUCGUGGCAACGUGCCAUCGAGAAGAAGAUCUUCACACUGGUCAAAAUUCGGUCACCGAGUGAUGAGCUCAAGUUGAGACAAAUUAUGGCCCGCAACCCCCAUCGCCGUGACUCUGUUCGCUACAUCAAAUGCAAUAUCAACCUCGACUGCCUUGAUAGAGCCACACAUACACUCUUUCCAGUUGUUAGCGACCGAGGAGUUAUUUCGAAGAUUGGGAGCAUCCUCCGACUUGUCAACCUCAUUCGGCCGAGUUCCCUUGCUUCUUCAAUGGCCAAGGCACCGUUGUUUCUACAAAUCAGCAUCGUCAACUUACGCCCGCUGUUGGGAGCGGAGAGAGGAAAUUGGGGAGCGUCGUCGGAUAUCAAUAAUCUGCCGACGUGCCCGGGUGUGACACAUUUACAGAUCACACAUGACGAGGAUAUAAACCUAAGGUUGACAAGGCCACGCAAGCAUGUCUUCCUGGAGCCAACAGAGGUUCCACCGGUAUGGAUGUCGGACAUCUUGACCAAAUUCCCAACAGUCGAUGACGUUGUUUGGGAACUCCUUGAGUUCCUGGACGAAGGCCAGCAAAGGACAAAACAUCGUACAGGUGAACGUGAAGAACCCCUCAACGUAGCAAUCCGCACGUUGUCACAACAGCUGGUUUCCCUACAAAUCAUCGGUAUAUUCACAGUGACCCCCGAUCUCUUCAUAAACCGCAAGGCACAAGCAGCACCCGGCAUUGAACAACAACAGCCCUACUGGUCUCGUUUGGAAAACCUCCAUAUCGAAACAACAAACUGGACCUACAACGGAACAUGGUACAUAAACCCGAACAUGUUACGAGUAGUGUGGCGCAUCAACGAUUUCCUGCGCUCUUCAACCCCUGACUUCAACAACUUGAUGGUCGCAAUGUCCCACGGCAUGCUCAACAUGCCCAAACUUCAAAAGCUCGAUAUCAGCUUCCGCUUCCCCCCAUUCAACACGGGCAAACCCAUCGACAAGCGUCGGUUCAAGGACCUAAACGGCGAUGAUUCCACUUCGCUGCUCUUUCAUGUCAUUCGUUACCGCCGCGCGUCAAGCGAGUGGUUGGAGCUGGCGGACUGCAAGGCAGCCAAGGAAUUGUAUUGCAAUCUUGAUCUUUUUGACAGCGAGCGCUUGUACAGUCGCCUCGGUCAAGAGUUCGGAAAGUUCCAUUUACUACCUGUUUACUGGCGUCCUUUCCCGGAGCAAGCGGUCCGGAACUGGAAUAUCUUGCAUAGGAGGAUCAAGGGGGUGAUUCCUCUCUUGGAAUGGAGGAGCGAGGAUGCUCACCCGGAGCCCUGUGAAGUUGAACCAAGAGGGGGAAUAUGGCCCUACGCGGAAAGGGAGAGGAGGAGAAGAGGAAGCGGGGUGCCGUAA